CUUCAGGAAUGGAAGUCAGUGGUACAUCCUUGGAGUUUUCAGUUGAAGAAGUAGAGAAUCAAGAGAUUUCUCUUCAUUCAAUUGAAAUCACAGAUGCUAACCUUGAGAAGUCAAAAUUACCAUCAUUUGUUAGAAAAACAGAAAAGCAAGAAAAAGAACAAAUUAUCAGAGAAAUCUUCAGACAAAGAAAGGAUGCAGGAGCAAUUUACAAAUUUGCUUUUACAAACAAAUUCAGACCAGCUACCCUCGUUGUCUAUGGUUCAGGAGUCAGAAGCUCAAGAAACUGAAUCUGCAUCUGAUUUAGCAGUUAUGAAUGCUGAACAUGAAGUGAUUGAUUUAGCUGAAAUUAGAAAUCAAACUAUGGACUCCACAAUUCCUUCAGGAGUGGAAGUCAGUGGUACAUCCUUGGAGUUUUCAGUUGAAGAAGCAGAGAAACAAGAGGUUCCUCUUCAUUCAACUGAAACCAAAGACACCAUCCCUGAGAAGGCAAGCUUACCAUCUUCUGUUAAAGAAGGAGAAAAACAAGAAGAACAUUUGGCAGUGCAAUAUUCAGAAAAAGAGCAGUUAGAGGACAAAAUAACUACACCUUUUGAAACAAAGUUAAAUCGGCUACCCUUGUUUGGGUGUUUGGACCAGAAGUCUGAAGCUCACGAAACUGAACCAGCAUCUUAUUUAGCAGCAAGGCAUGGUGAAUCUGUAACACCUGAUUUCGCUGAAGUUAGAAAUCAAGCUAUGGACUCUGCAAUUCCUUCAGAACUGGAAGUCAGUGGUACACCCUUAGAGCAGUCAGUUAAAGAAGCAGACAAGGAAGCAAUUACUUUUUAUUCAACUGAAAUAAAAGAUAAAAAAGUAAGGUUACCAUCUUCUGUUAAAGAAAGAGAAAAGCAAGAAGAAGAACAGCUGGCAGGGCAAUAUUCAGAAAAAGAAAGGUUACAGGACAAAUUAACUGCACCUUUUGAAACAAAGUCAGGCCAACUACCUUUGUUUGGUUGUCAAGACCAUAACUCUGAAGAUCAUGAAACUGAACCUGUAUCUGAUUUAGCAGCUACAGGUGAUGAGCCCGAAGGGUCAGACAUAUUUGACAUUAGAAAUCAAGCUAUGGAAUUCAAAAUUUCUUCACAAAUGGAAGUCGAAGGUGAGCCCUUGGAGCAUUCUGCUGGAGAAGCCGAGACGCAAGAAGUUCCUCCUUAUUCAGCUAAAACCAAACAUGCCAUCUCUGAAAAGGCAAGAUUACCAUCUUCUGUUAAAGAAGGAAAAAUGCAAGAAGAAGAACAGCUGGCAGGGCAAUAUUCAGAAAAGGAAGAGUUAGAGGACAAAUUAAUUACACCUUUCAUAACAAACUCAGACCAGCUACCCUGCCUAGACCACAAACCUGAAGUUCCUGAAACUGAACCUGCACCUCAUUUAGCAGCACCUGAAGCGUCUGACUUAGCUGAAAUUAGAAAUCAAACUAUGGAAUCCACAAGUCUGCCUCAAGUGGAAGUCAAAGGUGCACCCUUGGAGUAUUCUUUUGGAGCAGAGUUUUCUUUUUAUUCAGCUGAAACCGAAAGCGCCGUCCCUGAAAAAUCAACAUUACCAUCUUCUGUUAAAGAAGCAGAAAAGGAAGAAAAAGAACAGCUGGCAGAGGAAUAUAAAGAAAAAGAAGAGUUACAGAAUAAAUUAACUACACCUUUUGAAAGAAAGUCAGAGCAGCUACCCGUGUUUGAGUGUUUGGAACACAAAUCCAAAGUUCAUGAAUCUGAACCCAUAUUUGAUUUAGCAGCUAUGCGUGGUGAAUCUGAAGUGUGUGAUUUAGCUGAAAUUAGAAAUCAAACUAUGGAAUCUGCAAUUCCUUCAGAAAUGGAAGUCAGCGGUACACCCUUGGAGCAUUCUGUUGGAGAAACAGAAAAGCAAACAGUCCCUCUUUAUUUAACUGAAACCAAAGAGGCCAUCCUUGAAAAGGCAAGAUUUCCAUAUUCUAUUAGAGAAGGAGAAGACCGAGAAAUAGAACAGCUGUCAGACAAAACAAAGGUAGAGGAUCAAUUCACUGUGCUUUUCCAAAGAAAGCCAGGCUAUCUUCCCAAGUCAGAAAGUGAAGAAACUGAACUUGCACUUGAUCUAGCUUUCACAACACAGGAAAUCUGUAACACUCUGGAAGAGCCCACUGGACUUUCAGAGUCUUCUUAUACUAUGGUUAAAGAAGAAGCCGCAAAAGAAGAAACAUUGAAAUCAGACUUGCCAAGACAAACUGCUCAGACUCAGCCAUCUCUGACCACUGUCUCAGAAGGAAAACAUCUAAGACACAAGACAGAGACUCAGCUUGCCUCAACAGAAUCUUUGUGUCCUGAUUCCACACUUUCAGUUACAAAUGCACAGGAGGAAAAGGCUCAACAACAUUCUACAGCACCAGCACCAGCACAGUCAGAACCAGAACAUCUUGCUAUCUCCAAAUCCAUAAAGGCACCACAUGGACCUGAAGAGAUAUCACUUCUCAGUGACAAAGUUACUGAGCCAGUCAGCUCAUCAGAACAGUUGCUAUCUACUCCAUCUUUUCUUAUUGCCGGUGUGGAAAUGCAUGGAGCAAAGCCACCCUCACUAAAGGCUACUGCACCAUUGUUUGAACAGCCAGACUCUAAUAUACCCUGCCUGCCUCAGCAAAUGAAAAAACAAAGCAAUUUGUCUGAUUCUGCCGAAUUAACUUCUGUAAUAGCAGAAGCAUCAUUUUCUACUGGGUCUUUCCAAAAUGCUGAAACAACAAAGGAAGAAAAUCCAUCCUUGCCAUCCACAGAGGGUCUAGCAAAAGAAUUAGUAUCUAAAUCAAGGGAGCCAGAAAUUGGCAUAGGUACAAAAACAGGGCAACUUUUCCCCACUGUAUCUGAACAACACCCAGGUGAAGCACCUGUUCUAAUGCAAGAAUUGAAUUUAGAAAAUCAGCUGCACCCCACUAUAAAAGCACAGUCAGAUGUAGAGAAAGAAGCUAAAUCCUCUUGUGAAGUAAGUGAAGAUCAACUGAAGCGAUCAUUGGAAUCUGAAUCAAGAGAGCAUUUUAUACAGCAAAAAUCUACUGUUUCAUCCCAGUUGGAAGGAACAACUGCUUUGCAUUCUGUCAAUGAAAUGCAUAAGGAAAUUAUGCAACCUGAUAAACCUAUCAUCAAGCCAUUGCAACCUGAUUCAUUACAUCCUGGUUUUGAGCCACCGCAGACAGAUGCUGUUCAGCAGCAAACUCUUCGGCAUUUAUCGCAAACACUCCUACCCAUAGAAGGGGAUACAGUCCAGUUAGGAGAAGAAAAGGAGAUAAAUGGGAUCCAGCCUCCUUUGCCCGCAACUAGGCAGGCUUUAUCUCAGUCAGUUUAUUCAACGGAUGUGCAAGAAAAUCAAGGUAUUUCAGGAGCUGAAGCCAAAGAUCCUGAAUUUUUAAGCAUGCAACUCAAUAAAACUGAUGCAGACCACUAUGGCACUGCCGAUCCAGAAUCAAAGCACCUGGCAAAACAUGCUGUUGAACCUAUAACUGCACAACCGGAGACUCCUUCCACGAAUGAGAUCCACUUCAUGCCUGACUUGGGAAAACAUUUAGAUGCAUCCUUUCCCAUUUCAAGCACAGAAGGAGAAGGCCUUCAAACGCCUGUAUCUGUGACAGCAGAAUCAGAAGAUGAACAGCCAAUAUCAUCUAAAAAAGAUAGGGAAGAAACUGAAUGCAGCGCACCCAUAAUUCCAACAUCCAAAUUAAAAGGUUCUGCUUCAGAAACGCAGGGAAAUCAAAAUGAUUUGUCUAAGACAUUAAUUGAGGCAUCUGGAUCACCACCAUUAAUUUUACCAUUUGUCCCUGAUAAAAUAAAGCCCCAGGCAAUACUUCCCAAAUCCGUAGUAAGUUCGCUGCCAGCCUCACAGCAAUCAAAUGCUAUUUCUUCAGAAUUUAUGGACAAAAUUGAAAUAGGAAAAAAUAAUUUCCCUUUCCCUGAGUCUCAAGAUUUACCGUUCCCUACAACUUCCUCUGUAGAGGAAGUCAGCAAAGAACCACUACAUUCCUCCAUGGCCACAAAAACUGUGUCUGAGGAAUCCAGAUCCAUUCUAGAUGAUGCUACAUCUGAAGAAAUAAACGAAAAGUCUCCUGUUUCUGUAGCACGGUCUGCAGAACACGUUUUUGUUGAACCUAUUUCAUCUUGUUCCAUUCCUGAAAAGGAGAAACAAGUGCAGCCUCAUUCAAUUUUCAAUGAAGAACCAACGGAUGUGGCUGUUAGGAAAGCACAUGUGGAAGAUACUCGGUCUCAUUUGCUUUUUACUCCACAGUCUGAAACCAAGAGCCAGGAUAGCAUGCUGUAUAGUACCAUGGCAUUGCAAUCAGAGCUGGAAGGCCUCACUUUAUUGAAUUCCACUGAAGAAAAACCCAAGCAAGAAACUGCUUUAUAUUCACCUUCCACCUUGCCUCAAGGAAUAUUAUAUUGCCAUGAAGAAAAAGAAGACCAAAAACGAAGAACUACUCCGACUGAAUGUUCAAAAGACCAGGAUGCACCAUUAAAAGAUGACAAUUUGUUGCAACCAAUAAAAGAAUCACAGCUGGAAGAAAUUCAGCUUUACUGUUCUGCAACUCUUCAAGAUUCAUCCCAAUUGGCUGAUAUGAAACCCCAAGAACAAGCGGAUUAUCUACCUACAACUGAAGAGGUAGAUUCUGGUGAUGCUGUAUUAUCACAGUUGAUGGAUGAUGCAAAAAAACAAGAAAUGCAGAUAAUGUGGUCUGAAGCUGCUCAAAUAGAAAGUAAACCAUCUGUUUUGUUAGAAAAUGAAAUGAAACCUGACCUGCAUCCAUCAUUCACUGCAUCCCUGGAUACAAAACAAUCAGAUUUUUCUUAUUCAAAACAAGCAGAACUCUAUUCAUUUGAGGAACAAAAUCAGACUUCUGAACAAGAACCACUCAUUUCAUCUCUUUUCACUAAGAAAGUGAAAGAGCCAGAAGACAAUUCAUAUCCAUCUUUAGUCUCAACAUCUUUAUUGAGCCCAUCCAACUCUGCUACAUUGGAUCCAGAAAAGAAACAAGAAACUCAGUCUUGCACAACUAUAAUAACAAAGGAGAUCCCAGAAGAACCCAUGUCCAUUGCUGCAUUCCUUCUUUCUGAGGCAAAGACAAUAGAAACUUUUUCUCCACAGAUCUCAGAGAAAAACACUUUAGAUACUCAGGCUCCUUUUGGGGAUGCUGAUUCAAUAAAUGGUUCAACUGUCCUUUCUGAGAAAAAUGCAACAGCAGAGAGGAAAACUGAGUUUUCUCCAACACAUUUUGAAUCAGAACCCCAGGUAGACAGAAUCGUUAGUACAGAACAUCUUUCAAAAGCAGAAGAAACAAAACAUUUGCCUACCAUGGAGGAUACUUUGAAAGUGCCUGAAAACUAUUUGAGUGAAGAGAAGGAAUUCAAAGGUCAAGAGAAAUUGAGAGAAGAAGCCUUACCAGCUCCUAAUCUUGAUCAACGAAAAGACAUAGUUAAUAUUUCUGAAAGUUGUGAAGUUGUGAAAACUAAUGUUCCUCUCAUUUCCUCUGUUGAUAGAAAAAAGCUUCUACUAGGGGCAGUAGAAACCAUUUCAUUGUUGGAAACAAAAGCAUGUAAUGAUACUAGAGAUGUGGUUGUUGAUAAGGAACCUUCAGUCAACAAACCAAAUGAACAAUAUACAGAGGACUUAAAGGUAGAUCACCAUGAAAUGACAGAAAAUGAAUCAAAGGAACUUGGAAAAGGGAAGGGUAUUAAGGAAAGUACAGAAAUGGAAGAGGUUGCUGUUCUUCCAGAGAGCAAGGAUGAUAAUAUUUAUAAUAAUGCCAAUAUUGAUUAUGUUGAAAAGAAUAUUUUGAUUGAAAAUACAUCCUUCACCCAAAUAGAAAAAGAAAAGUCUAUUCAGGACACAGAGAGGCCAUUUGAUGACACAGAUAAACAAUAUGUGGAAAUGACAUAUCCAGCAGCAAAAUCAAAGAAUAUUGUGGAGCUGUCUUUAUUAGAAAGAGAAUUGAAUGAAACCCCUAAUGGAUUGAUAGAAAAACAAAAUGCAACAGCUACCCAUCAAGACAUUUCAAAAACAGCAAAUGAAAAUACAAUGAUUGAAACUGUUAGGGAUGAUGAUAAAAACAUAGAGCAUGAGUUUAACUUAGCAAACACUAAUGCAGUCUUAUUUAAUACUGAAAAAGAUGAGUUGUCUCAGUCUCCAAUUGCUUCCUUGUCAACGACUGUAGUAGACUCUGAGGUUCUAGAGAUGCCACCUGCCUUGGCAUUUUUAUGUAAAGAUUUCUAUGAAGAAGCAGUGGGUGAUUCUAAAAAAGAUAACCACAAACGUAAGGAAGUGAAGGAUAUUGAUCUGCCUUUUCAUAUCAGAGAACAUAUUCCAGAUGAUGGGAUUGAAACGCAUCUGGAGAAGGAAAUUCCUAGAGAUUACACUCCAAAUAAUGUGGAAGAAUCCAAGAAUGAAGACAUUUUAAAUGGUCAGUCUUUUAAAGAGGAAACUUUAACCCAACCAAAAGUCACAGAAGAUGCUUACGAACUAAAUGGAAAAAAGACUGAAUCUGCAGAUAUUCAACCUGGUCUAUCUGCCCAAGUGGAGGAAUGCCUGAGUGAUAUACUUACGAAUGGGGUAACUGAGAUUGUGAGUGACAUAAAUAUUAGGAUUUGUCAGCCAACACAUGCAAUUCCUUUCGGAAGAGAGUUCUAUAGCUCAGGAGCCAGCAAUGAUGACAGUAGUCAGAGAAGAGAAGAAGAAUCUGAUGACACAGGCCAGCAAGCACCAGAAGAAACAAGUGAUGAGGAGUCCAGUCCAAUACUUGAUUAUGCAGCAACUCUAUAUCAGACUGAAUCAUCUGGGCAAAAUGGAUCAAGUAAUGAUGUUGGAUAUGCAGUCAUCCAAAACCAACAGUCUGAAAUAAAAGAAGUUCAUGGAAUGGAUGAGGGUGAAGUUGUAAAGACUGCAGAAAAAAAUGCACAGUCUCUUGAAGGAUUAGGUCAGGCUGAAAGACAAGGUGAAAGACAACUAGAAGAUACAUAUGUUUUAGUUGAGCCCCCAAUUCAAGAUACGAAGGUUUUAGAUCACAAAGAUCUUCCAUGUUUGGACACUGAAGUGCAAAAACCUGAGAGCAGAAUUGGAGAAAAUAGUGGCCAACAUCUAAUGCAAACUGACACACCAGACCAGUUAGCAGCAGGAGUAAAAUCUGAUAACCAAUUUGGGGAAGUUGACUAUCCUCUUUUGUCACAUGAUUUUGAUACCUACCCAUUAUACUCAAUAAAAGAGGAAGAGGACAGUGACAUUGAUGAAGAUCUAGCUGAGCUCUUAAACUAUGAAGUGGUUACCCACGAUGAUGUCUUUCAGGAAGAAAUCUCUUCAGAAAUAGCUCAUGAAGAAUUGCUUUUUGAUGAUAAAGAAUCCCUAGAUGGUAUUAGUAAUACUUAUGAAUUUGUGAAUGAAGGAGAGGCAAGAAUGUAUGCUGAAGAAAAGGCAACUGAAUCGCUUGAACUUGAAAUGCUACAAAGAAAUGUACCAGAAUAUGAAUUUCUACAGAAAGAAGUUGAUCAAGCACAUCUGGAUACGUACUGCUACCAGUGCAAAUGUCCCAUCUCCUCUGAAGAUAAGCUUUUUGAGGAACAUAAAGACCAUAAUGUAGCCGAUUUGGGUACAGCUGUGACUGUGUUAAAGGGCCAGUUGAAUGGAUUCCUAGAUGUUUUGCAACAAAGAUCUUUGAAAAUUGAAGGAUGUGUCAGUGAAAUAGAAGCUUUGUUUAACACUCUGGAGGACAACUGUAAGGAAAAGGAGAAGUUAUUAGAAGAGCAAAAUGAAAAUGUGGUACAGAUGAUAUUUGGUCACCAUGAGAGAAAGUCACAGAAUUUUGAAGAAGCAAAGAACACAAAAAUGGAAUAUCUUUAUGAACAGAUGGUUAAUUUUCAAGACUAUAUCGAUACAGCAAAGGAGACACUAGAAAUGAUAAUAAAGGAAACUGAGGAAAUUGAUGAUUUUGCUUUCCUAAAGUCAUCUGAAGAAAUAAAUAAAAGGCUACUUUCUGCUGUGGAAAAUAUUGUGACUUUGGAAAAGAUGCCUGCUGCUUUCUCACAGUUUGAACCAUGUGCGGGUGGCUUUACAAAUAGUGACAGGACUUUACAACUCAUGCCCGUCCCACAUACUCCAAAAUUACAGCCUCAGGAUCCAAACUCGGCUACCAGCACAUCGAUUGCUGUCUAUUGGACUGUGAAUGAAGAUGAUCUCACUGAUUUCUUUCAGGUUUAUUGUAUGGAAGAAUCCCUGGGAAGCAAAGAGCAAAGUGGCUUUGUUGAAGAAUAUCGUGUCAUUGUGAAAGAGAGUAACUGCAUUUUGGAGGAUCUGGAACCCGGUCACUGCUACAGCGUAUGGGUCAUGGCCAUAAAUUAUGCAGGAUGUAGUUUUCCCAGUGACAAAUCCAUAUUUAGAACAGCUCCUCCAACUCCUGAAAUAAAAUCAGAAGACUGCACUAUCUGCUGGGACACCGCUACUAUUCGAUGGAGCACCAGCAACCUGAAAGCAACAGAUUCCUUCACACUUGAGUACUGCAGACAGUAUUCCCCUGAAGGAGAAGGCCUCAGAUCUAUAGCUGGAAUUCGACAGCCUGAAAUAAAGGUUCACCUACAAUCAAACGUAAACUAUUUCUUCUAUGUGAGAGCCGUUAAUACCUUUGGAAUAAGUGAACAAAGUGAAGCUGCUCUGAUUUCAACAAAAGGAACAAGAUUUCAUAUAAUGAGAGAACUUGUUCACCCUGUACUGCAAGUAUCACCCAAUGGAACCAUGAUAUCCCUUCCGGAUGAUUCUAAUCUUCCUGGAAGCCCACCAGUGUUGGGUGAGCUCUUGCCUGCUCAAGGAUGGCAUUACUGGGAAAUCACCGUCAGUGAUUGUGGAGCUUACAAGGUUGGGAUCUGCUCUUCAACACUCCUAGAAAGUAGUGACCUGGGACAGAAAAGCAAUUCUUGGUGCUUACAUUGCUCCAGCAAAACAAGUUCUGCAUUUAAAGUUCUGCACAAUGGCGAGAUGAGUGAAAUUAUUGUGACUGAACAGCCUGCCCGGAUUGGCAUCCUGCUAGACUACAACGCUGGAAGACUCCUAUUUCUCAAUGCAGAAAGAGGGCAGUUGCUGUCUGCUAUCAAAUACAAAUUCACUAAAGCAGCUUAUCCUGUUUUUGUACUGGAACAAUCAGGGUUUCUCAACCUGCAUACAGGCAUGGAACUACCAGAAUUUGUAAAGCAAAGCUGAACAUUCUCUUCCGAAUCACAUACAAAAGAAAAAAAAGAAAAAGAAAAAGAAGAAUUUGGUAAAAAGACUUGAGAUGGAUUUUUGUCUUGAUAUUCAAUGCCCAUGAUUCAGAGAGACACUCAGAGUGUUUGGUGGCCUCUAUAAGAAGGCUCUAUAAGCCUUCUAUUCAGAAAUACUGCACACACAAACAAACAAACAGAAACCCAGAAAUGGUGGGGAAGUUUCAAGAGCAGAUCAAAGAAGCUCUCCUUAAGAGAAAAAAAAAAAAACCCUGAGAAGCUAACAGAGUACAUGUAAUCCACCCACAGGCCUGCAAAGUAUUUGGAUGGUGCCCAAAUUCUUUCCCCCAGUUAUUUCUAUUCACUGGAAUCAUGUGCUCAAUGCUCACAGAGAAAUCCUAAAUAGAAUCUCACUACUUAACUAUUUUUCAUGCACUGUGUUGCAGGUAUCAAAUUACUUUCUGGAGGAAAAAUGUUUAUGUUACUAUAUUAAUAUUCAUGAUAUAUUAAAAUAAUGGAUUAAAUAUUAAAUAUUAACAUUAAUUAAUGCCCAAAUAUGUGAUAUGCUCAUGCAACACCUAUUGGCUGAAGGAUACUAGAAGCUUCUUUUUCAUUAGUUCCUUGGUUUAAGGUCCAACACAACUGGCAAGACCAAGCAAGCAAGAACAGACAGAUUUCAGGAAGGUAUUUUUAAUGCUAAUCAGAAGUAAACAUGGAAUUUUGGAAAUGCAAAUAAGAAUUUUCUACCUUCAUUAACAGUACAUUAAAACCAGUCAAGCUUCUCUGAGAAAUCUGAAAUGCACCUUUUCAGAUUUCUCUCCACUUGUGCGUUCUGGAUUUAUGUGAUUUUUAUUUAUUCAAGACAUUUGUAUAGCUGCCCAUGAGUGGCGUGGUUGUCUAGAGGUUGUCUCACCUCACAAUCAAGAGGCUGUGAGCUGGAUCCUAGGUAACGGUAGAUAUUUCUCUGAGUGCAAUGAGUAAUAGUCUUCAAACUCUGUGUAGGUGUCAGGAAGGGCAUCCAGCCAAUAAACGCUCAAACUCCA